CCAGAGCUACAUAGAGGAAACCCUGUAUCAAAAAAAGGGAAAAAAAAUAAAUCCAAAUUAGCUUGCUAUGAAACUAAUGUGUGUUAUCAAGAACCGCCUAGGUGAUAAGAAAACUAUUGAACAUUCCUCUUCAGUCAUUCCCAUCUUACAACCCAAACAUUUGCUGCUUAACCUAUUAGUUGGUAGCCAGAGAAACAUCCAAACGAGCUUGACACAAAACUGUGCAGCUUGCUUUAUCUAGGAUCACGGGUCUUCAAAAUAUUUGGCUAAAGGGUAUUGAUGAAAAGAUUGGCAGCUAACCCACCAGGUGGCGAUUAGAGGCGAUAAAAGCUCCAGCUUCUGUGCAUGCCAAAGACCAGCCUCUAGUGUCUUUUCCAGAAUUCUCUUAAUGAGGAAGCCAACUGGCUGUUUUCGUGGGGCCAUCUGGAAGCCUGGAAGUGUCACAGAAGUUUGUUAGCCCUUUAGAUGUCGACUUUGUGGACUUAUCUACUGACAGGUGGUGACCUUCACUGGGGUGCAUGUAGCAAACCAUGGCGUUGGGUUUGACUCCUAGCAGUCAGACAGAAAUGUCGUUCGACCUCCUACACCUACGGUCCAUUUUAGUGACCACUUGGCCUUCCUUGCCAUUUGGUGCCAGCUGUUCCCCUCAAGUCCCCUCCAACCUGCCAAUUCCAACAGAUCUUGCUCAGCCUGGCUGUAAAUUCUGUGAACUCAUUUGAUGACAGCUCCAGGCAGGGUUAUCCCUCCAUUUCUCUGUGAGAACCAAGACAAAAUGAAAUACUCCAUGUAGCAUCCUUCUGGUGACUAAUUGCUACUUUUCCUACUUAAUGGAGGAGACAGAUGAUCGUAAUGGGAGAAAUUUAGAGUCUGGUGUAAAGCCCAGGUUUGGACCUGUUAACUGCUUUGUCAUCUAGCAGCUAUGAAACCGUGUGGUAACAAACCCCAAAGAGAAGCUCAGUCCAUCUUUCUUCUUGCAGUUAAAAAUUUAAAAUUCGUGCUGUGAUGCACUUACAAAUUUGUACAGCACAUUGAUGUGCUUUACUGCUUGAUUAGGGCAAUUUUCUUGUAUAAAAGGGUCUUUGAAAAAUUCUUGUAGUAAUAAUGUAUGUCAACGUGGAUCAGUUCCGACAAUUUUUACAAUUGAAGGUACAUCAUAGAAAUGAGUUUCAGAUAGCUUCUGAUUAUCCCCCUAAAUAGUUUGGGCGCUUGAAAUAACCAGAUUUGAAGAAUCCCUCAUUUUUAUUUUAUCAGACUAACAGCAAGGUUUGCUCGGUUUGUCUGUAACUUCAAAGAACCCAGGGCUGUUGGUUUGUGAGUCUUUGACUACCGAAAGCAUGCCGUACUGGGACCUUUCCUGAAGGAUAAGGUCAUCCAGAGGCAAGUCUGCACUCUUAGACUAUCUUCCUUACAUGUCACCAGCCACAACUUUGGGGUUGGUGGGUGCUGCGCUUGCACCUGUGCUGGCGGGACCGGGGCUGUUGAGAGUAAGAGAAUCCUACUGCCUUCUGCAGAGAAGCAAAUGUCCAAAAGCACGGGCUUGGCAGCAAGGUGGACUGGACAGUUCACACCAGGCUGCUGGCCCCUCUGUCCGGCCAUGCGUAUAUCCGGGAGUUGUGAAAUGAGUUAGUAGAAUAAGGUAAGGCAAGAACCCCAGCCUCAGUCUUGAGGAGCAGUGCUGUACUGUGCCGGUACAAGGGGCCAUUCGGCCAGGUGGGCACACCCCGAGGGCCCCUGGCACUUGUCUAUCCAUCAGCAUCUUCUCUUUGCUUGGGUUCCUCCGAAGUUACCGAGGUGCAGGGAAGAGGAGGGGCCUCUCCUAGGGCGCCUAAGUGAUUGGCUGUCUGGGGCCCUUGGAGAGGGCGUGUGGUCCAGCCCUGGUGGAGAGGGGCGGAGCGGCCACUGUUCCUAUUACCGCCGCCGCCAACACAGUUGCAGCCACCGCAGCCUCGGCCACUGGGCAAGUCGUGCUGAGCAGCGGCUUUCCGGGUCGGGAACGCCUUACUGGGCUUGCUCGGUACCCUACCGGUGCCUGGCAGUCAAGCAGCGGCCACCACAUCUGACCCUGUGCAUGGUGUUUCGCUAGAUCUAAGCUUUCUGUGCACGCUAAGUCCCUCAGAUCCCUGCAGACCCCUUGCCACUAUGCCCCCGGCGGCUGCACUUGGCACCCUGGUUUUAUUGCUGCUGCCACUGUUCCUGCCGCUCCCCUGCGGUACUGGGGUUCUUGGGGACAACUCGGAUGUUGCCUUGGACUACUGGGCUUUGGAAGGUGAGGAGGGCACCGAGCAACAGCUGCAUUACCACGACCCCUGCAAAGCGGCUGUCUUCUGGGGAGACAUUGCCCUGGAGGAGGAGGAUCUGAAGCUGUUUCACAUCGACAAGGCUGAAGACUGGACUAAGGUAUCCACGGAGGAGGAAAUGGGACACGACACCGGGGGGCUUGAGGAGCCUUCUGCAAGGUGGCCCAAUGUUACAGCCUCCAAUACCAGCACCCAGGCAGCAAGAAAAGAUGGCAAGGAUGAUGUCACCUUUUUGCCUGGCCUUGGGACCUCAGACACCACAGCUAAGACCUUCUCUGCCCGGGUCCGAAGAGCCACAACAUCAAGGACAGAGCGGAUAUGGCCUGGAGGGGUCAUUCCUUACGUCAUCGGAGGGAACUUCACUGGCAGCCAGAGGGCCAUUUUCAAACAGGCCAUGAGACACUGGGAGAAACACACCUGUGUGACCUUCGUGGAGAGGACAGACGAGGAAAGCUUCAUUGUGUUCAGUUACAGGACCUGUGGCUGUUGCUCCUAUGUGGGACGCCGAGGAGGAGGCCCACAGGCCAUAUCCAUUGGGAAAAACUGUGACAAGUUCGGCAUUGUAGCACACGAGCUGGGCCACGUAGUUGGGUUCUGGCAUGAACACACUCGGCCAGACCGAGACCAGCAUGUCACCAUCAUCAGAGAAAACAUCCAGCCAGGUCAGGAGUACAAUUUCUUAAAAAUGGAAGCCGGUGAGGUGAGCUCUUUGGGAGAGACCUAUGACUUCGACAGCAUCAUGCAUUAUGCCCGGAACACCUUCUCAAGAGGAGUUUUCUUAGACACCAUCCUCCCCCGUCGAGACGACAAUGGCGUCAGGCCAACCAUUGGCCAACGUGUGCGGCUCAGUCAGGGAGAUAUAGCUCAAGCCAGGAAGCUGUACAAAUGCCCAGCGUGUGGGGAGACUCUACAGGACACAACAGGAAACUUUUCGGCACCUGGUUUCCCAAAUGGCUACCCUUCCUAUUCCCACUGUGUCUGGAGGAUCUCUGUCACCCCGGGGGAAAAGAUCAUCCUAAAUUUCACAUCCAUGGAUUUGUUUAAGAGCCGUCUGUGCUGGUACGAUUACGUGGAGGUUCGGGAUGGUUACUGGAGAAAGGCCCCCCUGUUGGGGAGGUUUUGCGGCGAUAAGGUACCUGAGCCCCUCGUCUCCUCAGACAGCCGGCUGUGGGUGGAAUUUCGUAGCAGCAGCAGCAUCCUGGGCAAGGGCUUCUUUGCAGUAUAUGAAGCCAUGUGUGGGGGAGACAUUACCAAAGACGCUGGUCAGAUCCAGUCCCCCAACUACCCUGACGACUACAGACCUUCCAAGGAAUGUGUGUGGAGGAUCACAGUGGCGGAUGGGUUCCACGUGGGACUUACCUUCCAGUCCUUUGAGAUCGAAAGGCAUGACAGCUGUGCUUACGACUACCUGGAAAUCCGCGAUGGUCCCACCGAGGAGAGCGCCCUGAUUGGCCACUUCUGUGGCUACGAGAAGCCAGAGGCUGUCAAAUCCAGCGCCAACCGACUGUGGGUGAAGUUUGUAUCCGAUGGUUCCAUCAAUAAAGCGGGCUUCGCAGCCAAUUUCUUCAAGGAGGUGGAUGAGUGUUCCUGGCCAGACCACGGUGGGUGUGAGCAACGCUGUGUAAACACACUUGGCAGUUACACGUGUGCCUGUGAUCCUGGCUAUGAGCUGGCUGCCGACAAGAAGACAUGUGAAGUGGCCUGUGGUGGAUUCAUUACCAAGCUAAAUGGCACCAUCACCAGCCCUGGGUGGCCGAAGGAGUACCCCACAAACAAGAACUGUGUCUGGCAGGUGGUGGCCCCCACGCAGUACCGCAUCUCCCUGCAGUUUGAAGCAUUCGAGCUGGAAGGCAAUGACGUCUGUAAGUAUGACUUCGUAGAGGUGCGCAGCGGCCUGUCUCCUGACGCCAAGCUUCACGGCAAGUUCUGUGGCUCCGAGACCCCCGAGGUCAUCACGUCGCAGGGCAACAACAUGCGUGUGGAGUUCAAGUCUGACAACACAGUCUCCAAACGAGGCUUCAGGGCCUACUUCUUCUCAGACAAGGACGAGUGUGCCAAGGACAACGGCGGCUGCCAGCAGGAGUGCGUCAACACGUUCGGGAGCUACCUGUGCAGGUGUGGGAAUGGGUACCGACUGCACGAGAAUGGACAUGACUGCAAAGAGGCUGGCUGUGCAUACAAGAUCAGCAGUGCAGAGGGGACCCUGAUGAGCCCCAACUGGCCUGACAAAUACCCCAGCCGGAAGGAAUGUACGUGGAACAUUUCGUCAACCGCAGGCCACAGGGUGAAAAUUACAUUCAAUGAGUUUGAGAUUGAGCAGCACCAGGAAUGUGCCUAUGACCACCUGGAACUGUACGAUGGGACGGACAGCCUGGCCCCCAUCCUCGGCCGCUUUUGUGGCAGCAAGAAGCCAGAUCCUGUGGUGGCUACGGGCAGCAGCCUGUUUCUCAGGUUUUACUCAGACACCUCGGUGCAGAGGAAAGGUUUCCAGGCUGUGCACAGCACAGAGUGCGGGGGCAGGCUGAAGGCUGGCGUGCAGACCAAAGAGCUCUAUUCUCAUGCCCAGUUUGGGGACAACAACUACCCGAGCCAGGCCCACUGCGACUGGGUGAUAGUGGCGGAGGACGGCUAUGGCGUGGAGCUGGUAUUCCGGACCUUCGAAGUCGAGGAAGAGGCAGACUGUGGUUACGACUACAUGGAGGCCUACGAUGGCUACGACAGCUCGGCACCCAGGCUUGGCCGCUUCUGUGGCUCAGGGCCAUUAGAGGAAAUCUACUCUGCAGGGGAUUCGCUGAUGAUUCGAUUCCACACGGAUGACACCAUCAACAAGAAAGGCUUUCAUGCCCGAUACACCAGCACCAAGUUCCAGGAUGCCUUGCACAUGAGGAAAUAGCAUCAAGGCUCUGGCAAGGCAGAGACAAAGGAUGUUUUAAACACCCAUGAAUGAGUAGCCCCCAGUGUACAGUAUCUUUCUCAACAACAAAAACUCAAACUACAUCCUUGAAACUAUGUAUCUGGAUGAAAAGUACAUGCCUUUGGCCAACAGGAAGAGAAAGAGUGUCCCAUUGGUUCUAGCUGCAGUGUUACGGAUUGCAGCUUCUAAAGGAGGUUAAAAUCUGAAGUUCGUGACCAAAAAAACUGUGCCCUUGCUCCUAUGGGGCAAAAGGCCAGCCUGGGCUACCCCAUCCUCAACUCCGGACUGGCUGCCAUAGGCGACAGGCAACACCAGCUUCUCCUGAUAACUCGGCUGCCUUCUGUCAGCACUGGACGUUGAGGACAAAAGCUUGGCCGUGGCCGAGUUGUUCCACGUGUGGCUGGAGUUUUGACUUAGCUCUUUCAGAGUCAAGCCAAUCAGGAAACCUGAGACUAUGUAUGGACCCAAGAGCGAAAGAGGCAUCUCAGUGCACAGAGGGAGGCUUAGCCUGGGAACUGGCGUCAUGGAGUUGGAAGAUCUCAUGCCUUUUCCUGUUACUGGCCAUCCUUGCUUCCUCUAGGGUGCUCCUGUCAUUGGUACCCAUUCGUGAGGGAGAAUCCAUGGUCACACCCAGCAGCACACUCACUGGUGAGCACUCCCAGGUUGCUGAGAUGACACUCAGAGGCUGAGAGGAUGCCGCCUGUGCUGGGGUUCCCGCCGGCUUCCAAACACUCCCAGCUGUGGAGGCAGAGGCAUCUGCUCCAGGGAACCUCAACCCCUGGACAGCCAGUUCAAACAGCAUCUGCAAGACGUGCCGCCAAGUCAUCUCAGGAACAAUUCAGGUCUCACUAGGUGAAAACUAGUAAUUCCAAGUUAUGUAAGAGUCGUCAUCUUCCGGAACAAGUGGGUCUGUGGCACACUUCAUGUCACCAGACAGGUUAAAGAGCGCGUGUUGGCUACUUUGCCGCAGUUAAAGGAUGCAGCCGUCACACUGCACGCAGAAUUCUCAACACUCUGACACUUGUUCUAGAGACGGGUGAUGUUUACAUAAUUUUAGCACCUCAAAGCAUAAUUGAAAUAGUGAGGUAGUUUUGAAUGGCAUUUCAUUAAGGCAUCUCUGGGCAUUAUGAGCUAAAAGCUGUGGUAUGUUAGCUUUAUAAGAGCAUUUAUGUUGGGAUAACUUUAAAAUAAUGUUUACAUAACCGCAAGUCCUGUUGGGUUGGUGGUGAACACAGGGCGGCACAGGAGCCUGCUUCCAUUAGAGAUGGCGUAGCUCCCGAGCGCCAGAAUCCCUUUGUGACGAACCAUCACUUUAAAGAAAGUGUUCGUGAAAGCUGAAGGAUUUUCUUUUUUUAAAAAGAUCCCAGUACACCAACCAGAGGACAACGUCUAACUAAAGUGACUGCUGAGAGCAAAAAACUAGAAUGAUACAAAGAAAGGGGAAAGAAUGCAUGGGAGCAUUUUGUUCUUAAAACAGAAAAAAAAUCCAAGUAUUAUUAAUAAUAAUAAUAAUAUAUGUCUGUAUAUAUGUAUCUAUGUAUGUAUGUAAGGAUCAGCUAUCAAAGCCUUAAUAAGGGCAGUAUGGCAGUGCCAACCCACUGGCUGUGGCUUAUCAUCAGACUCCGGUGCUGGCCCCACACAUGACCCAUCUCCCUUCAAAACCAAGUUCUCUUCCAGCUUCUCUUGGCCCUGAACUGAGGCUCCGUCUCCAUUCUCAUGUCCUGAUUGCUGGCACACCCACCCGGGGACAGCUUCUCCCAUUGUUUUGAUCCCAUCAACCAACUGUGGUAGAUUCCACUGCUCUGGUGUGUGUGUGUGUGUGUGUGUGUGUGUGUGUGUGUGUGUGUGUGUGUGUGUGUGUGUUUAGGAUAUACUUUUGUCUCAUUUUGUCUGUGAAGGGUGGACCAGAAAUCAGGAUACAUAAGGUAUCUGUCCCCAACCCCACUCCACAGAGACAAAAAUUCUGUAUUUUUAACCUUUAGAAGUCUAAGUAAGAUUGACAAAUUCCAUGGAAAAUCAGAGCUGGGGAGAGACAGGGUUUGCCACUGUGGUGACACACUGAUCAUUCUUUUAGUGUGAAUGUUUUUCAGAAGCACACGGCUCUAGCAGAGGCCAUUUACAACAAUACGGCUCUUAUGGUAGCCCUUGUUUAGGCCUGUGAGUGACAUACUCCCAGAAGACAGGCUGAUUCAACAAGAGCUGCCGGGGGCCCCCUUCUCUGGAAGCCGGCACCCACAGGAAUUCACACAGGACGCAGGUCCUGCAAAGAACUGCAGUCUGGCUUCCAAAAAUAGUCCACUCCACAGAAAGACCCAGCUGCCCCACCUUGGCCCUUCCAAUUGCUCAGUGUCCUUUCCAAAAACGUCCCUGGAUGUGUAUGGAGGAAAGGUCUCAAGGCUAGCUCUUCAGUUUACCUUCCCUUUUAUCUGGGACCGAGCCUGUGGGUGUCAUGAAGCUCUAAGACCCAAGAACUGACUCUUAGGACAAAUGACCUAAGGAAGUAUUUGGAACCUGGGUCUCUGUGCCCUAGGUCUAUCACUCCGAAUCAGCAGAAGCAGGAACCUGCAUCCAAGGCGGGGAAACUCCAAAGAGCUGACAUGAGGCUAUGUAUCGAUUCACUGUUUUCUCUCAAGUUUCUCUCUCAGUGUACCCUCUACACAGUCGUGGAAUUCUUAGACUGCUCAGCCUGUUUAGAUAAUUCUCUAACCACAGGUAAGCAGCAGCUUCACGUAAGAACAUGCCGUCAGUCUGGCCCCCAUGCUAUUCCUUAGACUUCUUGGUAUUGUUCAUGGAGUUUGGGAAGAGAUGGCCCCUUAGCAUCCAUAGAUGUUUUAAGCUUUGCAGAUUGUGAUCAAACUUCUGAUCAGUAACCCCCAAAUCUAAAAAGGUUCUUUUAAAAAAAAGAAAAGUGUUAUCUAUACAUAUAAGGGUAUUUUUUUAUUUCGAGUAACUUUACAUUUCAUGUAAAAUGUCAGUUGGCAAGAACAUGGGGGAGAUGGUAACCCUUGUCUAAAAAUGAUGGUUUCAUUAAAGAAUGUGGAUUUGC